UCAAAACGUCUACGUAGAAUUUUCUUAACCUUCGUGACAAAGGAUAAUAAUAUCGUUACCUACUUUGAGACUCUACAUUUACCCGUUGCUGCACAUAUUCAAAUAUUAAUCAUGCAAUAUCAG